AUAAACACUAUCACAUCCUCAAUCCUACUAAUUUUUUUCAUACUUAUAUUUCCCAUUAUAUUAUCACUAACUAAAUAUAUCAAAUUAAUCGAUUUCCCUAACUACGUAACCAUAUCAAUCAAGUACGCUUUCCUAUUAAGCCUUGUACCACUGACUAUAUUCUUUUCAUCCAACGCCGAACUAUUAAUUACUAACUGACACUGAAUUACAAUCAACACCAUAAAACUAUCUAUUAGCCUAAAAUUUGACUUCUUCUGCAUCAUUUUCCUAUCAGUAGCCCUAUUUGUAACAUGGUCAAUCAUAGAAUUCUCAUCAUGGUACAUACACUCAGAUCCCCACCUAAACCGAUUUAUCAAAUACCUACUUCUAUUCCUCAUUACCAUAAUCAUCCUAACCUCCGCCAACAACCUAUUCCAACUAUUCAUCGGAUGAGAGGGAGUAGGAAUUAUAUCAUUUCUCCUAAUCGGCUGAUGAUACGGCCGAACCGACGCAAACACUGCUGCCCUCCAAGCCAUCUUGUAUAACCGCAUCGGAGACAUUGGAUUUAUUCUAACAAUAACCUGAUUCUGCCUCCACUCUAACUCAUGAGAACUUCAACAAAUUUUCAUAACAAAUAAUUCAACAAACAUUAUCCCUCUCCUAGGAUUAUUAAUUGCAGCCACAGGAAAAUCAGCACAAUUCGGACUACACCCCUGACUACCAUCAGCCAUAGAAGGACCAACCCCAGUAUCAGCCCUCCUACAUUCCAGCACCAUAGUAGUAGCAGGGAUCUUCCUCAUAGUACGGUUUCACCCAAUCACAUCAAACAAUAGCCUUAUCUUAACUAUAAUAUUAUGUUUAGGCUCUAUUACAACACUAUUCACAGCUAUUUGCGCAUUAACACAAAACGACAUUAAAAAAAUCGUAGCAUUCUCUACAUCAAGCCAACUAGGAUUAAUAAUAGUAACAUUAGGAAUUAACCAACCAUACCUGGCUUUCCUACACAUCUGCACCCAUGCAUUCUUCAAAGCAAUACUAUUCAUAUGCUCAGGAUCUAUUAUCCACAGCCUAAAUGAUGAACAAGACAUUCGAAAAAUAGGUAACCUAACAAAACCACUCCCAUUCACAUCAUCAUGCCUAAUAAUCGGCAGCUUAGCCCUCACUGGAAUACCCUUUCUUACAGGCUUCUACUCAAAAGACCUAAUCAUCGAAGCCGCAAACACGUGCUAUACCAACGCCUGAGCCCUAUUAAUCACACUAAUUGCCACCUCUCUAACAGCCGUAUACAGCAUACGAAUCAUCUACUUCGUCUCAAUAACCAAACCACGAUUCCCACCAACAAUUAUUAUCAACGAAAAUAAUCCAAAACUAAUAAAUCCAAUUAAACGUUUAGCCCUAGGAAGCAUUAUAGCAGGCUUCUUUAUUUCACAUAAUAUCCCACCUACUACCACCCAAAUUAUAACCAUACCCUGAUACCUAAAAACCACAGCUAUAAUCGUAACAAUCACAGGAUUUAUAAUUGCAUUAGAACUCAACAAUCUAACUUUAAACUUGACAAUAAAUAAACCAACUCCAGCCUCAUCAUUCUCCACAUCACUAGGGUACUUCCCACUCAUCAUACAUCGACUAUUGCCACUAAAAAUCCUAUCAAAAAGUUCCAACAUAUCCCUGCGCCUACUAGAUCUAAUCUGAUUAGAAAAAGCUAUCCCUAAAACCACCUCAAUACUACAAACAAUCACAUCAAAAAACUUAAGCAACCAAAAAGGCUUAAUCAAACUAUACUUUAUAUCAUUUCUUAUUACACUACUAUCCAUACCCAUCCUAUUAAUUUCCUAA